AUGGCUGAAACUUGCACACCCGUUCAAAAUUACCCUGAUGCAUGUGCUAGCAGCAGCAGCAGCAGUAGCAACACAAAGGGUCUCCCUCCCUCCCCCUUAAAGCACAUUGCCUGCGGAUGGGAACUUUGGUCCUGGUCAGUUGUUCCCAUCACAUCUUACCCAAUGUGGACAUAUCUUUCGAAGCUGUGGCCCAAACCUCUGGGCUGCUCCCACAUUCCAUCGGCCAAGGGCGGCUGUCGUCCAAUCUUUUCCGAUGAUGCUUAUCAAGCAGUAGAAGAUGAGAACCUAAAAGGCAAGUACCAACGAUUUAAUCGCGGGGGGAGUAAGAAACCAACGUUAAUCAUUGCCACUGAUUAA